AAAGAUCUCAAGUCUCCCCAGCUAAAUAAUCCCAUCAGCCCAUCAUUUCACACACCGCACUCUUUUUCUUCUCUCUAAAGCCUGAACAAUUUGCCCGGUGUUUCUCUAUCUACACCUCUCUCGACUGGACGGGACUUCGAGGGUUUUGGCAGAGGAAUUGAAACAUUUUUGUGACCAGAAAAUAACCGAAAAAUGGCAAAUGCGGCUGCUAUUGCUGAGAGGGCUACCAGUGAUAUGCUGAUUGGUCCAGACUGGGCCAUAAAUAUAGAACUAUGCGACAUAAUAAACAUGGAACCUGGGCAAGCAAAGGAUGCACUGAAGAUAUUGAAGAAAAAAUUGGGGAACAAAAGCCCUAAAAUACAGCUCCUUGCGCUAUUUGUGCUGGAGACUCUUAGCAAAAACUGUGGGGAAAAUGUGUUUCGGCUGAUUGCCGAUAGGGAUAUACUACAUGAGAUGGUCAAAAUUGUGAAGAAGAAGCCUGAUUUGAACGUGAGGGAGAAGAUUCUGGUGUUGAUUGAUACUUGGCAAGAAGCUUUAGGGGGUCCCGGAGGAAGGUUUCCCCAAUAUUAUGCUGCGUACAAUGAAUUGAAGUCUGCUGGGGUAGACUUUCCACCGCGGGUCGAAGAUAGCGUUCCACUAUUUACUCCACCACAAACACAUCCAAUAGUCCACAAUACUCCAUACGAGGAAGCUGCUGUUCAAGCGUCUCUUGAAUCUGAUAUUUCUGGACUUAGCCUGCCAGAGAUUCAAAAUGCUGAUGGACUUGCAGAUGUUCUGAUGGAAAUGUUAUCUGCCCUGGAUCUAAAUAAUCCCCAGGGUGUGAAAGAUGAGAUCAUUGUUGACUUGGUUGACCAGUGUCGUUCAUACCAGAAGCGUGUCACAAUCCUCGUUAACAAUACUGUAGAUGAGGAUCUCUUAUGCCGGGGACUCGCAUUGAACGAUAACUUGCAGCGAGUCCUAUCUAAGCAUGACGAUAUUGCAAAAGGAACAUCAACAGCUUCUUCUGCAGUUAACAGAGAACCCUCUGUUGCACCACUUAUGAACGUGAAUCAUGAAGAUGAAGAGUCUGAAGAUGAUUUCGUUCAACUAUCACGAAGAUCAGCAAGGGACAACACCACACAGGGACCAGUGGCCACGCCUCCAGCUGGCAAGAAACCAGUCGAGUCGAGUGUCGAUUAUUUAAGCGGCGACACGUACGAAACAGAACGGCCCGUGCCAACAUAUGGGCCCACAAAUGCGGCCCGCCCGAAUCCAUUACCCAACCAAAAAAAGCCCACCUCACCUCCAGAAGAUUUCGUAAACCCCACUGCAUCUAUGUUUGCUCCCAAAUCAACAUAUGACGAAAAUGCUCCUCCUAGCAAAUCGGCUGACCAUUUACCCUCGGCAGCCGCAGUCAACCUCCCGCCCCCUCCCUCAAGGUACAAUCAGAGGCAGCAGUUUUUCGAGCAGCACCCUGGUGGGCCCUCCCACUCGAGCAGCGAGUCGGGCUCAUCGUACGACAGUCUAGUGGGCCAGGCCCAAGGCCUGUCAAUCAAAACUCCAGUGGGUUCUGAUAAGAAGGAAAAGCCCGAGGAUGUGCUUUUUAGGGACUUAGUGGAUUUCGCCAAGGCCAAGUCAUCCUCGCCUAAGCCAAACAGGUCGUUAUAACUUAUAAAGCGCGAUUUAGUGGGGUUUUUAAAGACUACUGAUGGAAACAUCGGCACUUUUUUUUUAUAUGUUUGUGGAAAAUUCUGGGUAUUGGCGUUAAACGACUUGAGAAAACCUUGUGGCUUUCGGUGUAUAUCUUCUGGGUAAAUUGAAUGUAAAAGCUGAGAUAUUGGUUGUGUUUUAUUUUUUUUUUUUUACCUUUCUUACCUUUCUUUGACUGCAUAGUUUGUUGUAUUUUAAUUGUUGAGUUCUUUUCUGAUGCUGGAUUU